AGAUCCACCGCCCCCCUUUAUAAGCUUACAUUCCCUUGACCGACGCUUCUCUCUCUCUCUCUUUUUUUCUUUCUCUCGUUUGCCUACUAGCGGAGAGAGAGAAAGAAAAGAAAACCCAGUCUCAGAUCAGGUUAUAUUAUCUACAUAUCAAGAUGCAGUCAACCAAUGGUCCUGAUCUGAACUCAAAACAACAACAGCCGCCACAGCAACAAGGCAGCCAGCAGUUGCAGCAGCAGCAGCAGCCGCCGCAGUGGUUGCCAAACCAGUGGAUGGGAGCCAUGCAAUACCCGGCGGCUGCCAUGGUAAUGAUGCAGCAGCAGAUGAUGAUGUACCCUCAUCAUUACAUGCCUUACAAUAAUCAUCAUUUUCAAUACCAACAAUAUCAACAGCAGCAACAAAACCAGCAGCAGCUGCAAGGCUACUUACAGAAACAGCAGCAAGGAUCUAACACGGAUGAGGUUAAAACGAUCUGGGUUGGUGACCUUGUUCAUUGGAUGGAUGAAACUUAUCUUCAUGGUUGCUUCUCUCACACUGGAGAGGUUUCUUCUGUAAAGAUUAUACGCAAUAAGCAAACUGGUCAGUCUGAAGGAUAUGGUUUCAUUGAGUUUUACUCACGUGCAGCAGCUGAAAAGGUUUUGCAAAGCUUUAAUGGCUCUGUAAUGCCAAAUACGGAGCAACCUUUUCGUCUGAAUUGGGCUUCAUUCAGUGUGAAUGAAAGGCGAUCGGAUGCUGGUUCUGACCUAUCUAUAUUUGUAGGGGAUUUGGCUGCGGAUGUAACUGAUACGAUAUUGCAUGAAACCUUUUCUAGUAGAUUUCAAUCUGUUAAAGGAGCAAAAGUUGUUAUUGAUUCAAAUACUGGUCGUUCAAAAGGUUACGGUUUUGUUAGGUUCGGUGAUGAAAAUGAAAGGUCAAGGGCCAUGACUGAAAUGAAUGGCGUAUAUUGCUCAAGUCGACCUAUGAGAAUUGGUGUUGCUACUCCCAAGAAAGCAUCUGGAUACCAACAACAGUAUUCUUCACAAGCUUUGGUAUUGGCUGGUGGUCAUGGAUCAAAUGGUGCUGUGGCCCAAGGGUCUCAAUCUGAUAAUGACUCAAACAAUGCUACUAUAUUUGUUGGAGGACUUGACUCAGAUGUUAGUGAUGAUGAUCUCAGACAACCUUUUUCCCAGUUUGGUGACAUCAUCUCUGUAAAAAUACCACCUGGAAAAGGUUGUGGGUUUGUGCAAUUUGCAAACAGGAAGAAUGCUGAGGAUGCAAUUCAGAGUUUGAAUGGGACAACCAUAGGCAAGCAGACUGUUCGUCUCUCUUGGGGUCGCAGUCUAGGAAACAAGCAGGUCUAAGCCAGGCAUUGGAGGCAUCUGACGCUGGGGAAAAGGAAUAGAAGAAAGAUACUCUUUAUUCUACACAUCCUGCGGAAUGAAAAAUAAAAAGUGGAAGUUCUUUUUUAAGUCCUAAUUAAUUUGCCCUUGGUUGCAUCAUUUUAUAGAAUAGCAUGAGUUGUAAUACGGAAGAACUAAGGCAGUUGACGCAUCUGAUGCUAGGGAAAAGGAAUAGAAGAAAGUUACUUCAUAUUCUGCACGUCCAUUGGAAUGAAAAGUAAAAUGUGGAAAUUCUUUGCUAAGUCCUAAUUAAUUUGCCCUUGAUUGCAUAUUUGAUAGAAUAGCAUGAGUUGUACUACAGUCUAAUAAAGGUGGAAAUGCAGCCCUCCUUCCACCCACCCUUCUGCAAUUGUUUUUCUUUGUUUGUUUUCCCGAGUAACUCAGCUUAGCUUCCCAUCCAAGUUUUUGUUUGUUUAUAUAUCAUAGCUUACUUCUUAA